AUGCAAAAUGAUCCAGAAAUUGUUGAAUCCCAAAAGGAUCAACAAAAAAUAGAAAUAAUAAAAAAUGAAAUAGAGAAUUUAAUGCAACUCUCUAGAGGAGAAACUUUCUAUGUGUUGGGAAAGGAAGACUUUAUAAAUCAUUGCCGAAACAACAUCGACCUGGAUAAACUUGAAAAACUCUUUCAACAAGUCGUUAAAGAUAUGCAAUGUCAGUCCAUCUCUUUGUGUGACCGAAAAUCAGGCGACGGACCUGUCAGAGACUUUCGAAUAAGAAAUAUUGUUGACGAAUAUGAUUUUAUAGAAACUAGGUCAUUCAAAAAUAUUAUUUUUAGAAUCACAGUUGCAGGAAACGUCGAUACUGGAAAAACAACCCUGUUGGGGGUUUUGACCCACAACACUUCCGAUGAUGGAAGAGGCUCUGCUAGAUCAAAAAUGUUCAAUCACAAGCACGAGGCAGCCACCGGUAGAACGAGCUCAAUUGGAGUCAAUAUUGUUGGCUUUGACUACGCUGGAAAUUGUCUGAAUAAUCCCGACCGAGGAAAACUGGAUUGGCAGAAAUUGUGUAAAAAGGCUUCGAAAGUUGUUUCCUUAAUCGACUUGGCUGGACACGAAAAAUACUUAAAAACGACGAUUUCUGGAAUGUUCGGAUACGCGCCAGACGCUUGCAUGCUUAUUGUUAUAUCCCACUGUCGUCAUUUUAGAUUGGGGCCAACGCAGGUAUGAUUGGGAUGACGAAAGAACAUUUUUGGCUUGCAACAUCUCUCGACAUUCCCUGCUUUUUUGUUGUCACUAAAAUUGACAUGUGUCCUGCACAAAAACUUACGGAAACACUACAAUCACUUGUUUCCUUUAUUCGGAGUCCAUUUGUCAAUAGGACUCCUGUAAAAGUUAAAAAUAUGAAUUACGUCUUUCGUUGUGCAGAAAUGUUUUCUUCACUUCGGUAAUGUUCUCUUAUUUCUGUAAUUUUCAUUAGUCUUUGUCCAAUUUUUUCUAUUUCGAACGUAA